ACAUCACAAAACAGCUGUUUUGUGCAUAACAUUCAAUCAUUCCUAACCUCUAUAAAAUGAAUUAUUUGUUUAUAAUUUUUUAAUUAAAUAAGUGUUUAGGCAAAUAAUAAAUAUGUCUGUUAUAGAUCGAGUGAGAAUUUUAGUUUUGGGAGACUCAGGCGUUGGAAAAACAUCCUUUGUUCAUUUAGCUGCUCACAAUGAACCGUUAAGGUCGCCUAGUUGGACGGUAGGCUGUUCUGUUGAGGUAAAAUUACACGAGUACAAAGAAGGUACCAAGGAACAAAAAACGUUCUUUGUUGAAUUUUGGGAUAUUGGAGGGAGUCACACUCAUAGGAAUGCUAGAUCAGUGUUUUAUUACCCUUGCCAUGGAGCUAUCUUGGUUCAUGAUCUGACUAAUCGAAAAUCUGAACAGAAUUUACACAAAUGGGUCCAAGAAAUAAGCUACAGACAUAGAGAGAGGGAAGACUCCAAUCCAUCAAUUACCGGGUCCAAUCCUUCCAGUAUUGUUGUAGAUGAUUUCGAUCAAGAAAGCUUUAUUGGGAACCCUACUUUACCAUACAUCGUAAUCGGGACAAAAUUAGAUCAAGCCGAUAGAAAGUCUCGAGUAGAUGUUAUCGCCAGUCAUUUGAGGUGUGAUGAAAUUGUCAUGGACUGUAGGCAAUCAAGGUAUUUGGCUGCAGGUACAUCAAAUGCUGUGAAGUUAUCCAGAUUUUAUGACAAAGUAAUUGAAACAAGAUCCAAAGCUCAUAAGGACUCUUUCACAGAGAGGUUUGGGGAUCCCCUUUCGCCUUUUUUGUCUACCAAGUUUUAUUCUCCUCACCAGGAUUAGAAUUUUAUAUACCUUCUAUUUAUUGAAUAUUAUGAGUGGCAUUGAUGUUGACAAUUUUAUUAAUUCAAUCAUAAAUAAACUAUAUUAUG